AUGGAUAAAAUUGCAAAGCUUAUUUUUCUAUUCUCGUUCGCCAUCACAAUGGCGCUUGUGAUGGGCAAACAGGAUGACGACCCGUUGAGAAACCUCUUCAUGAUGAAGUGGGGCCGGGCGGGACUUCCCAACCCACCGGCGGACAGUGCCAGCGUGGAGUAUGACGUCGAGUAUGCCGGUCAGCCGGAUCCGGAAAUGGUCGGCAAUCCGUCGCUGUCGAUCGUCAAACGGUCGCACAGCCGCCAGCCCGUCUGCGAGGUGCUGCUGAACAUCGUGUACGUUGGCAACGGCACCGAUGGGUACGAGUACCGACCGAACCACUACGUCACCGAGACCUGCCUCGGUUCGUACAACAACAACUACCAGAAUAAGUGUACCGAGACGGGCCUGUCCUGUACCCAGAUACGCCAGAAGAUCUACAUCACCCGACGUAAGGCGACUCCUGUCGACAGCCAGCCGACCAACUGCUGGGAGCACGUCGCCCUGAAGGAGAUUGACGCCGGCUGUGAGUGCAUGUGGCCAAAGGAGCACAUCGGGGACAAGCAUACCUUCGGGCUGGGCAAAUAACAUCACUAUGAAGGAGCGAUCUUUUAUCGAAUAUUGAGGACACUGAUAUCGCCACCACUACUUCCACCGCCACCGAUGCUGCGCCACGGUCCUACUACUUGAUCGAGCACUGAUUAAUGUGUAAAAUGAGCCCUUUUACGUGUUUAUCGUCCGUGCGACAAGUACUGUAUACUGUACAUACUAAAACCAAAAUCCGUGACAACUGAAGCCCUGCUACCGGUACAACACUGUCCGGUUACUUUCGGCAAGGCACAAGUGCCGUAGAUGUUGGGGAGAGGGGGAGGGGGGAGGGCAGUCAAUCCCAGUGUAUGUGUGUUUGGGCGAAGGGAAACGUACAAAGUAUUUAUACAUAUAUCUUUAGUGAAUUAUGCAUUAUUGAACGUCGUCGAUGGUACACUUCUAAUCAAACUUGAAUCAUACCUCCAUUAUUAGAACUAUUAUAUAUAUAUAUAUAUCUAU